GUUGGCGUAUGAUGGAGACCCUGUACAUCAAGUACCUGUGUCCGUUCAAGAAGUACGUGACGCUCAACUUGAUUGGGGGACCCCGACCGCUUCAGUUCCGAUACUUUAUCAACAUGCAGAAGGGCGCGACGUUCUUUUUUGUGCUGGCGUGCAUGGCGUACUACGACAACUGGUCCUGGACUGCGCAUGUGUAUUUGGCCAAUCACGGCAUUUAUGGGUUCAUUUGGCUUCUGAAGGACAUCACGGUGCCGGACGCAACGUGGCAAGUGUACUUGACGAUUCCGUCGGCGAUUGUGGCUGUGGUUGGUCUUGGCGUUUACUGGGUCGCUGGGUACAUUGUGGUGGCCCAUCGCGUGGAGGCAUCGCCUUCCCUGGGCGCGUUGUGCAUCAUGAUGAAUACCCUGGGCUCGACACUGAUGCUCGCCGCGGACACGCAAAAGUACUUCGCGCUCAAGUACAAGAAGGGUCUGAUCUCGGAUGGAUGGGUCACGUGGAGCCGCAACACCAACUACCUAGGGGAAAUGAUGUUGUACCUGUCGUUUGCGCUCUUGGCCAACCACUGGAUCCCGUACGCGUGGCUGGCGUUCGUGUGGUCGAUGCUGUUCAUGUCCAACAUGAUGGCCAAGGAUGCAUCCCUUCGUAAAAAGGAAGGCGGCGACGCAUACAUGGCCAAGGCGGGCUUCUUGCUGCCCAACGUCGCGGGAUGGGCGGCCGCGUCGUGGUCGUCUGCGCCCAAGGUAGUUAAGGAGGCGUGAUAAACCCACUCGAAGCUUAAAGUGUGUACUUUUCAAUCCCACAAAACAGUUCGUUUGAA